UUAUUCUCAUGGAUGGGUGAAUUUAUAUGUUGAAGGAGUACAAGACAAAAAGUGUCAUUUGCCAAGUGCUAUAUAGUACAUGAUCGUUUAAAGCCUUGUGCAGUUGAGGUUUUGUUAAAACAUUGACAAAGAUUCCAUGAGUAUGUGGACCUAUGAUGUUUUCCUCAGUUUUAGAGGAGAGGAUACCCGCUUUGGUUUCACUGGUCAUCUCUACAGUGCUUUAAUCCAAAGGGGGAUCAAGGCUUUCAUGGAUGAUGAAGGGCUUGAGAAAGGGGAACAAAUUUCACCUGCCAUUUUCAAUGCCAUUGAAGAGUCUAGGAUGGCCAUCAUUGUGUUCUCCAAAACCUAUGCAUCCUCAACAUGGUGCCUUGAAGAGCUUGUCAAAAUCCUCAAUUGUAAGAGAACCAAGGAACUUGUAGUUUAUCCACUGUUUUACAACGUGGAUCCUUCAGAGGUGCGGCAUCAGAGGGAAUGUUAUGGCCAACAAUUGGCUAUGCAUGACAAACAGAAAGUGCAAAACUGGAGCCUGGCUUUGCAUGAAGCUGCCAAUCUUGCAGGGUGGCAUUUUAAAGAAGGAAAAGAGUAUGAAUAUGAAUUUAUCAGACGGAUUGUUGAAAUGGUGGACAUGUCAAAGCGCAAUCUUAUACCUAUUGAUAAAUAUCUAGUUGGACUCGAGUCACGUGUACCUAAAAUAAUAUUCCGUUUGCAACUCUCUGCUCCCACUGUGAUCAUGGUCGGAAUAUGUGGAGUUAGUGGAAUAGGUAAAACCACUCUGGCUCAAGCUUUGUAUGAUUCCAUCUGCCAGCAAUUUGAAGGUUCAUGCUUUCUUAGUGAUGUUGGAGGAAAUUCAGCCAAAUAUGGGUUAGCACAUCUCCAAGAGAAAAUUCUUUCCGAAAUAGCUGGUGAGAAUAUCAAGGUGGUAAAUGAGAACAAAGGAAUUUCAAUUCUAAUUAGGAAGUUGCAAGGCAAAAGGGUUCUUUUGAUACUUGAUAACGUGGACGAGCCUGAGCAAUUGGAGUAUUUAGCAGGAGAAUGCAAUUGGUUUGGUUUGGGCAGUAGAAUUAUCAUAAUUAGCAGGUACAAAGAUGUUCUAGCUGUUCAUGGAGUUGAAAAUAUAUAUGAUGUACCUAAAUUAGAAAAUCAUGAAGCUAAGCAACUUCUAAGUUCCAUGGUAUUCAAGGGACCUAUAACUGAUUAUUGUAAUUCGUUUUUGGAACGUGCAAUUCACUGUUCCCAUGGCCUUCCAUUGCUUUUGAAGGAUAUUGGUUCUGCUUUGUCAGAAAAAAUGAAGGUUAUUGGUUCUGAUUUGUCAGAAACAUCAUUGGAUGAAUUGGAGAUUACACUAGACAGAUAUGAAGGAGUUUGUGAUGGAGAAGUUCAGAGUAUACUUCGUGUGAGUUAUGAUAGUUUGAGUGAAUGUGACAGGAGCAUUUUCCUUGACAUUGCAUGUUUCUUCGUUGGAGAGCCACUAUCAUAUGUUGAGGAAAUACUAUCAGCUUGUGGUUUCUAUCCAGAAUAUAGUAUUAGCAAACUUAGUGAAAGAUCUCUCCUAUCCAUUGCUCCCGGUGGCAGGUUGAUUAUGCAUGACCAUAUGAUAGACAUGGCCAGGAAAAUAGUGCAACAGGAAUCACCCCUGCAUCCUGGAUAUCGAAGUAGAUUAUGGUUUCCUCAAGAUGUUCUUCAAGUUUUAAAUGAAAAUGAGGGAACGGAUACAAUAGAAGUUAUGAUGUUGGCUGACAUACCCCAAGGAAAUGAUGUACUAAAGUUGAGCGACAGAGCCUUCAAAAAUAUGAAAAGCCUGAGAAUACUAAUUCUUAAGGAUGACAUAUAUCAUGGGGUCCCCCAACAUCUCCCAAAUAGCUUAAGAGUUCUGUUAUGGAGUGGAUAUCCUUCAGGGUGUUUACCACCUGAUUUUUUUAAAUUGCCUUCUGAGUGUCUCAUUUUGGACAAGUUCAAGAAUAUGGCAUAUUUGAUUAAAAUGGAUUUCACUGAUUGUGAAUUUUUGUCAGAAGUACCUGACAUUUCUGAAAUUCCACACUUGAGGAUAUUGUAUCUAGAUAAUUGUAUAAAUUUGGUUAAGGUUCAUGAUUCUGUUGGAUUUCUUGGUAAUCUUGAAGAGCUGACUGCAACAGGAUGCACUAGUCUAAAAACAAUUCCAUUAGCAUUCAAGUUGGUAUCUCUCAGAGAGCUCUCUUUUGGUGAGUGCUCAAGACUAGUGAGGUUUCCAGAAAUAUUGUGUGAGAUAGAAAAUUUGAAAUAUCUCAACUUGUGUCAAACUGCCAUAGAGGAAUUACCAUAUUCUAUUGGAAAUCUUAGAGGGCUUGAAUCUUUAAAUCUAAUGGUAUGUACCAGACUUGAUAAGUUACCCAGUAGCAUUUUUAGUCUACCAAGACUUAAGGAAAUUCAAGCUGAUUCAUGUAGAAGGUUUGACAUUUCUAUUGAGUGUGAAGAUCAUGGACAACUGACAAUAACUGUUUCUCCAAACAAUGUUUAUCUAUAUCUGAGCUCUUGCAACUUAACAACUGAACAUCUUGUUACUUGUCUUAGUGGUUUUGCCAACGUUAUACAUUUGGACAUAUCUUACAAUAAUUUAACAGCUCUUCCAGCAUGCAUUAAAGAAUGUAUCCAUUUGAAGACUCUUCUUCUAAACAAUUGCAAGCAGCUUAAAGACAUUUUAGAAAUUCCCCCAAAAUUACAAGACAUAGAUGCAUUGAACUGCACAUCAUUGACAUCCCAGUCAUCAAGUGUACUAUUGAGCCAGGCACUUCAGGCAACUGGGCAGAAAACUGUAAUUCUUCCAGGGUCAAGGAUUCCAAGAUGGUUUGAUCACUGUAGCAGCGAAAGAUCCAUAACUUUCUGGGGUCGUGGGAGAUUCCCAGGGAUUUGCUUGUGUGUUUCUUUUGGGAUAUUGGAAAAUCCACCUUUUCAUUUUAAAGUUGGAUUGUGUGUAGUCAUCAACGGGCACAAAAGGAUUUUCUCUCAACGUUGUUACAGUUGGUCAAUUGAGACAGAUCAUGUGUGGCUAUUUGAUCUAACUGCCCAUAUUCGUAGUGAAGAUCUCAGACAGACAUUUGUGGAGAGUGAUUGGAAUCAUGUGAAGAUUUCAUACUGUGAUUGUCAAAUGGAACACAAUUCAUGCAUACGAGUUGAGGAUGGAGCAAGAAGGAUGGCCAUUGUGAAAUGGUGUGGAAUACACGUAUACAGGGAAUAUAGUAGAAUGGAGGAUAUCUUAUUUACGAAGACCAGAAAUGUACAAGAAAAUAAUAGAAGUAAAAGGGUUGGUAGUGAGGUUUUGGAUUCGGAGAAACGUCAAAGGAAAAGUUGAAAGCAAUUUAUCUAACUGGGGAUGAAUCCAUUGUUGAACCAUCAAAUUGCCUAUGUUGAUUGUACAAAUCUACUUGAUAUCAUUACUUUCUAUUUUCUACAGGCCAAAAGGCAGUAUACAUACAAAUUCUGAAAGUUUAAGGAAGAAACAACAUGCUAAAAUUAUUUCCAAAUAUUCUCCCCUCCCCAAACCCACAAAUAAUCUGAAUCAUGAUUUCCUAAACAUGUACAGAAUAUGUUUAUGCACUUUCACAACGUCCCCUUUAAAAUUGAAGCAUGAACCACUGGUGUCUACCUAGUGGGAGGGGAGAUUGGAGUAAUAUGCAAAGGAUUCUAGAUUUAAAUCUUGGCGUCGUUAUUGUAAUUUUGAUAAAAACCAAAAAAAUGCCCCAACUUUGCAAAAAGAAUUUCAGUGUCAACCAAGUUGACACUUGAUAAAUUUAUAUACAAGUUGGUUGUAUGUGUGAAUGGGAGGAAUAGUAAUACCUUGUACUUUUUAUUGAAAAUUAGAGAAAGGUUUGUUUGUUUAAAUUAUUUUUCUUAUAAAAACCUUUUUUUAAUGAA